CUUUUUUCUCCUUCCAUCUCAUCAAUUGACGAAAGUCAAUCUCUCAAUCACAUUGCAUUCUUUGAUUUAUUUCUAGAACCAGAAAUUCGGUUCAAAUGUCUUCGAAAUCAUCCCAUCGUUCCGACAGGCAAAUGCCUUCUUCUUCUGCAUCCACUUCUAGGAAUGCCAACGGACAUCCUCCGGUCCGUUCUAAGGUCUCUCCUGCUAAACGCUCUGCUGUAACCAAUGCCAGAGCUUCCUCCUCCAAGGCUGAUGACGAAGAGCCUGGAAGGGUGCGAGUUGCUGUCAGACUUCGACCACGGAAUGCUGAAGACCUUCUUUCUGAUUCUGAUUUUGCUGAUUGUGUUGAAUUACAGCCAGAGAUGAAAAGGUUGAAGUUGAGGAAAAACAAUUGGAACUCUGAUUCUUAUAAAUUUGAUGAAGUAUUUACUGAAAGUGCUUCUCAGAAGCGAGUUUAUGAGGUGGUUGCAAAACCUGUAGUUGAGAGUGUCUUAAAUGGGUAUAAUGGGACUGUGAUGGCUUACGGUCAAACAGGUACUGGUAAAACGUAUACAGUUGGGAGACUAGGCAAAGAAGGUACUUCUGAGCGUGGCAUUAUGGUUAGAGCUCUAGAAGACAUAAUUUCCAAUACAUCUCCUGCUUUUGAUGUUGUGGAGAUCUCCUAUUUGCAGUUGUAUUUGGAAUCCAUACAAGAUUUGCUGGCUCCCGAGAAGAAUAAUAUUCCCAUUGUGGAGGAUCCCAAGACAGGUGGAGUGUCCUUGCCUGGUGCUACUGUAAUUAAAAUUCGAGAUCUUGACCAUUUUCAGCACCUACUGCAAAUUGGUGAGACAAACCGUCAUGCAGCGAAUACGAAGAUGAACACAGAAUCUUCUCGCAGCCAUGCAAUUCUUAUGGUUUUUGUCCAAAGACCAGCACAGGGAAAAGUGGAAAAUGAAUUAUCUUCGCAAGAAAGUGAGUGUGGAAGUGACCUAGCUUCUGGCAAUGGUGUACCUACCCUGCUGAAAAGCAAGCUGCUGAUAGUGGACCUUGCAGGAUCUGAGAGAAUAGACAAAUCUGGCAGCAAUGGCCACCUGCUAGAAGAGGCCAAAUUCAUAAAUCUUUCUCUCACUUCCCUUGGCAAAUGUAUUAAUGCUUUGGCUGAAAAAAGUCCUCAUAUACCUACAAGAGAUUCCAAGCUCACAAGAUUGCUUCGUGACUCCUUUGGAGGUUCCUCAAGGACAUCUCUUAUAAUAACAAUUGGGCCUUCUGCACGACAUCAUGCAGAAACAGCUAGCACCAUAAUGUUUGGACAACGAGCAAUGAAAGUCGUAAAUAUGGUGAAACUCAAAGAGGAAGUCGAUUAUGAAAGUUUUUGUCGGAAACUUGAGAAUCAGGUUGACUAUCACACAGCAGAAAUUGAGAAGCUUCAAAAGUUAAGAGAUGAUGACAAGAAGGAAAUGGAAAAGAAGCUCACCGAUUGUCAAAACUCCUUUGCUGAAGCUGAAAAGACUAUAACUGCAAGAUCUGAUUUGUUAAAAGACGAGAAUACUCUUUUGGAAUCAGAGAUCAGAAGUUUGUUAGAAGAAUUGAAGCUUCAGAAAGAACGUAAUGAUUUAAUGUCUGCUACAGUUGCUCACCUGGAAAUGAGUUUAAAUCAAUGCAAGAAAAAUGAGGUGGAAGAUUUUACGUAUCAGAAGGCACUUAUGGACACUACUCAUAUGUAUGAGAAGAAAAUUUUAGAGUUGACGGGGCGACUAGAAGAUGAACAUGCCUGUGCUGAAAGUGCUCAUGAACAAUUGGCUAUAGCAAAGAAACUCAUUGAAGGGCAAAAGGAGAUUGAUGAGCUUAGGAUGAAGUUACAAGAAAUGUAUCAACUACAUGAGAAGACAGUAAAUGAAUUCCAAUCUUUGAGAACAGAAAAUGAGGAACUACUAUCAGAGAAGAUUGAAGGGCAAAAGGAGAUUGAUGAGCUUAGGAUGAAGUCACAGGAAAUUUGUCUGCUACAUCAGAAGACUGUAGAUGAAUUUCAAUGUAUGAGAACAGAAAAUGAGAAACUCCUAUCAGAGAAGGUAACACUAAGUGAAGAGCUCCAUAUGGCAAGACAAAAGCUAUACGCUGAAGAGCAACAGAGGCAAUAUCUUGAAGCUGAACUGGUCAAGUCCAAAAAGUUUGUUCCUGACAAUGAUAUCGAUUUUGAGGAAAAAAAACCAUAUAUGGAAGAAAACAAAGGUAGAGCAACCUUUGGCCAGAGGCAUAAGUCAAGCCAAUCACAGGAGACAAUAUAUGGUCAAAGGACCACUAUUACAAAAAUUUGUGAGGAAGUUGGUCUUCAAAAGAUAUUAGAUUUGUUAAGAUCUGAAGAUCUGGAUGUCCAAAUCCAAGCCUUGAAGGUAGUAGCCAAUCUUGCUGCUGAAGAUUUAAAUCAGGAGAAGAUUGUAGAGGAAGGAGGUCUGGAUGCUCUUCUUAUGCUCGUGGGAUCAUCACAGAAUACAACCAUUCAACGUGUUGCUUCGGGUGCUAUAGCCAACUUGGCAAUGAGUGAGACAAACCAAGGUUUAAUAAUGAAGAAAGGAGGUGGUCGGCUAUUAGCAGAUGUAGCAUCAAGAACUGACGAUCCUCAAACACUUCGAAUGGUGGCUGGAGCAUUUGCAAAUUUGUGUGGAAAUGAAAGGUUACAUGCAAUGCUGAAAGAAGAUGGCAGCAUCAAGGCACUCAUGGGAAUGGUCAAAUCUGGAAACAGUGAUGUCAUAGCACAGGUUGCUAGAGGGAUGGCAAACUUUUCAAAAUGUGAAUCUCGAAGAAUCAUUGAAGGACAAAGAAAAGGGCGUUCACUUCUUAUAGUGGAGGGGGUACUUACAUGGUUGAUUUCUAAUUCUACUAAUUGUCCACCUUCAACUCGACGCCACAUUGAGCUUGCUCUUUGUCAUUUAGCACAAAAUGAGGACAAUGCCCAGGACUUCAUAUCCACUGGAGCAUUGAAAGAACUCAUUUGCAUAUCGAAUGAGUCAUCAAGAGAGGACAUACGUAACUUAGCAAAGAAAACAUUGAAGUUGAGUCCAACUUUUCAAGCUAAGUUGCAAAAAGUGUGAGAGAUGUGAUGGUCCAAAAAAGC